AUGGCAAAAGGUGAUAAGGAGCUAGAAAAACCAAUAGCAAAUAAUGAAUUACCUACUCCAGAGUGUCGUAGCACUGACAAUGAAGACUCAGAAUCGGCACAAGAGCAACCUUUGGAUAUUGGAGAGCAUUAUUUAGUGCGGCGUUCAGAUGAGUCAUGGCACCCGGCGGAGAUUAUACAGACGCGCUACAAUGCCGCGGAAUCUGUUUAUGAAUACUAUGUACAUUAUGUGGGAUACGAUCGAAGGCUCGACGAAUGGGUUUCCCGCCACCGGGUUAUGUCUGAUAGAUUUGACGUGUGUGAAAACUCAAAUAAUAACAUAAACUCCGAUCAUUUACUAACCGACAAAUCAGGACGAAAAAUAACGCGCAAUCAAAAACGUAAACAUGACGAGAUCAACCAUGUACAGAAAUCCUACGCGGAAAUGGACCCAACAACAGCGGCUUUAGAAAAAGAACAUGAGGCAAUUACCAAAGUAAAGUAUAUCGAUAGGAUACAAAUUGGCAAAUAUGAGAUAGACACCUGGUAUUUCAGUCCUUAUCCUGAUGAAUAUGGAAAACAAUCAAAAUUGUGGAUUUGUGAAUAUUGUUUGAAAUAUAUGCGGAUGGAAAAGACCUACAGGUACCAUCUAAGUGAAUGUACAGCAAGACAGCCACUAGGUAGCGAAAUAUAUCGGAAAGGUACAAUUGCUAUAUUUGAAGCCGAUGGAAAGGAACACAAAAUCUAUUGUCAAAACCUUUGUUUACUUGCUAAAUUGUUUUUAGAUCAUAAAACUCUUUAUUUUGAUAUAGAACAGUUUUUAUUUUACAUAUUAUGUGAAGUUGAUAAACACGGAGCUCAUCUUGUUGGCUAUUUUUCAAAGGAGAAAGACUCUCCUGAAGGUAACAAUGUUGCAUGUAUUUUGACACUUCCCCCUUAUCAGCGACAAGGCUAUGGUAAGCUGCUCAUUGCAUUUAGUUAUGAACUAUCAAGAUUAGAACAAGUUGUUGGUAGCCCCGAAAAGCCAUUGUCAGAUCUGGGAAAGCUGAGUUACAGAUCAUACUGGUCAUAUGUUCUUUUAGAAGUAUUAAGUGCGAGUCGAGGAACAUUAAGUAUCAAAGAUUUAAGUCUCAUGACUGGUAUUUCUCAAACAGAUAUUAUAUCAACCCUUCAAUCCAUGAAUAUGGUCAAGUAUUGGAAGGGACAACAUGUAAUUUGUGUUACGCCAAAGACAGUAGCAGAGCAGCUAGCUAGCUCUCAUUUUAAAAAGCCUCGCUUAUCUGUAGACCCUUCAGCUUUAAGGUGGACACCUCCAAAUAAGCAAGGGCAUUCUGCUAAAGCUAAAAAG